GAAACAGUGAAGUGUGAUUGUUCGCUGUUUACCAAUGUGUUUAUGAACGUUUUGUGUUGAACUUACGCGUAUGAUGUUUAAUUUAUCAAUCGAUGGUUACUUGAUCACCUGUCAGUUUAAAUUGUGUUUAAAUGCAAAUGAAGACGAAUAAGGACAGCAAAACAAAUUACCGUAAGCAAAGUUUGAUUGAUUAAAUUCAGCUGUCGCAGAAGUUCAACUCCUGAAGACCAAACCGUCCAUCUUUCAAACUGCUUUUAAAGUUUCCGCGUUUCCAACAAAGCCUUUUUGUACUCAAGCGAAGUCAUAAUAAAAUCUUGGAGAAUUUGCCCAUGGUUUUUUUCGCUGAAUGUGUUUGAUGGGCCUCCAUUAAGAAGUACAUUGAGUGAACUGAGGGCAUUUGUUAGCUUAAAAAAAACUGCAGUCUAGUAGAUCAAGGCAUAGCAACAAGAAAUGAACAACAUCACAGCACGGGAAAACCAAACAGCGCCCGGGCCGUUGUCGAGGACAAAUGUGACAGCCAUUGCAGAACUGGUACCAAUUGCAUCGGUAAUUGUUAUCAUGAACACAUUAGUUUUCGUCGUGUUUCUCAACUCGGAAAAACUACGAACACCAGCCAAUAUGAUCCUCUUCAGUUUAGCGAUCACAGACUUCUUAACUGGAGCACUGAAUAUUCCUAUGUUAAUCAUGGUGGUUUUCACGCCUCUUAUUGCAUCAAACACUGUUCGCUUUCACCUUGGUUAUCUGCUUCCGGUAAUUCACACAGUUACUGCAAUUCUUUCAGUUUAUCACAUAGUUUUUGCAACUUUGGAAAAGUACCUGUCAAUCAUCUGGCCAAUAACUCAUCGUCUAGUGAAAAAGCAAACAGUUAUCAAAGUUUUGAUGAUGGUGUGGUUGUUUGCAUUCGUCAUUGGGUUCAUACCUUUUGCUUGGAUAAACAAAAUCCCCAGCCCACUGGGAAUGAAGUAUGUCAUAGGCUACGUGGCUUGCUGUUUUGUAGUGGUGUUUUUAGUGCCAUACAUUAUCAUGGUGUAUGCCUUUUUUAAAAUGUUCAGAGCCAUUGCAAGGGGAGCGGGACAAAAUGGCACAAGCAGAACAAGAAAAAAGCUCAAAAGGAAAAUAGCCCGGGAGAGGAAGUGUGCUACAUUGUUUUUUGCCAUGGCAUUACUAUUUGUAAUAUGCUGGUUUCCAUGGUUUUUGUUGCAACUGCUCAUCCCCCUGAAUUUGAAAUCUCUACGAGUUCCAGCUCACGUGUUCGCUAUUGUGCGAUAUGUCACAUCUUUCAUAAACCCAAUGCUAUACAGCCUAAUGAGACCGGAUUUUAAACAAGCAGUGAAAAACUUAGUACGUAGAAUGAGAUUACCCCGCGUGUUGACGUUCAGAUUUAGUUGUCUGGGAAAGGAUAAGGGAAAGAAAAACCUCGAUGGUGAUGUUGAUCCCGAUUGUUCUUUACCAUUUGAACAGCUCUAUAAUCUCUCAAACCAACCUGAAGGAUCAAUGAAGAACGAGGAUCCGAGCACAGUAGAGAUCCAACUUGGCGAUUGAUUUAGACUCAACCUUCUGAUGUGAUAUCCAAAGGAAGUUACAUCGAAGGAAAACAACACAACCGUUGGGAGUAGUCAACAUUUAGAGUGGUUCAACUCAAUAGUGGCUCUGACGUCUCCAGUCUCGAAAAGACGUAUGGUUUUCUAUGUGUAUAGAUACAUGUUAUUCUAACAAUCAGGGUUGAA